AUGUACCAGGAAGCAAACGAAAACCUCGAGGAUGCUGGGAAUGAACUCAUCUUGUCUGAUGAAGACGUGGUGCGAUUCCAAAUCGGGGAAGUGUUUGCCCACAUGCCAGUGGACGAUGUGGAAGCUAGGCUAGAGCAGAUGAAAGAGGACGCAGCUAAGAAGUUGGAGAAGCUCGAGGAAGAGAAGGAAUCCAUCCUUGCCCAGAUGGCCGAACUGAAGAAGAUCCUCUAUGGGAAAUUUGGAGAUGCCAUCAACCUGGAGGAAGAUUGA